CAAGAACCCAACCCCAACACAAGAUCAAAAUGCGCACCUCCCCAACUUCCCGUCCGCCGCCCCUCCGCCACGUCCUGGUGCUAUGCCUGUUCCCUAUGCUGCUCCCGGCGAUGCACGUGACCCCGUGCCACACCACGGGCGCGUUGUACGCGCCGAAGCUCCGGUUGGUACGCGUGGAGCACGAGCCGAGCACGAUUCAGACCGCCCAGGAUUUGCGGAUCAAGCUUUUCGGCAUUUCCAACGAGCGCAUCGACAAACUCGGCAAGUUCCACGUCCACGUCUUCUUCUGCCGCCGCUACCAAGACUGCAUGAGUGUGUACGACUUCACGGGCUCGCUGUGCGAUUUGUUGACAACGACCGCAGAAGGAGAUGCGGGUGGACGAGAGACUUCUACUUAUGGAAGCACCUCUAGUGGGUCACAAGGAGCAGCAGCUGGAGACUCCGAACAAGGAUCUUCACUACUCGCAGCACCUACUUCAUCCGGUAUGGGGUCAGAAGGAUCGUCUACGAGCCAGCCCAAAGACUGCUCCCUCGACUUCUUCGAGCCCUUCGCGUUGGAAUUCACGCGGUCCGAACCCAUUCCCGUCGACGUAUUUCGGGGCACCUACGACUUGCAGAUCUUUUUGGAAGACAGCUGCUUCUGGGUGGAAGACGUGACCAUCACCGCUGGGGAGACGUUCGUAUGAAAAGUGCAAAACAAUCUCAAUCGUACUCGAGGAUCAAUUGCAUACACGACACAAAAGGUAUGUUUGCAAGCUGAAGAAGAACCAAAAUGAAAUGACUUGCCAUGUUCAAAAAAGCAGUAGAAGGGAAGGAAUUUGCUUUGCUGUAUUGAGCGACUGGUAAAAAAGAAACGAGCGCGAGGAUCCUUUUGCACCGGACACUUCACAGCGUUAGGCGACUACCGCGACGUCAUCCUCGCGUUUAUCGUCGCUUCGUCGAGCAGCUUCGUUUUGGGGCAGUACAUCAACCCGGCGACCUACGGACUCCUGCCCGAGAUCACGGGCUUCCUCUUAAUGGGCAUCGUCCUGGGCCCGUUCGGAACCAAUUUGCUGUCCCGGUUUGCAGUGUACUUGAUCCAGCGGGAUUUGAACCGGAUUUGUUUAAGUUUCAUCGCCAUUACUGCUGGUCUCGAGGUGUAUCUGCCGAAAAUGCAGGGGAAGGUCGGGAAAACGGUCUUAGUGUUGGUCUUUUCCAUGACCAUUUUCACGGUCCUGAUCGUCGGACUCGGCGGGUGGCUGUUGCACCUGUUCCCCUACUCCCCCUACGACAGCACCAAGCCGCCCGGGAUGCUCGCGUGCAUGCUGAUGGGGGCGAUUAUGGUGGCGAGGAGUCCGACCACUUUGUUCGCGAUCUGCAACCAGCUGAAACUGUUCGACCCGCUGGAGUUCGAGCGGGAGAGACUGCGGAUCGUGCUGGUCACGGCCAUCGCUUCGGAUUUAGCGGUCUUGUUCGUGUUCUCCAUGGUGUGCAGUAUCAUCCGCGUCGCGAUGGCCCACGAGGUGAGUUUAGCGAAUGGGCGCGAAGACGGCGCGAGUGGAAGUGGCAGCGGAGGAGAGUCGGGUGAGAAAGAAGCUGGAUCCUCCUCGGCGGGCAGCAGCUCCAGUGCGAACAAACACAAAGACGUCGAGGUGGCCGAGGUGGCGUCGCCCCCACCGGAAGAGGUGCAGGAAGAAGUAGAGGAGGAAACUACAGCGAGUAGUACGGAAGCGCCAGGUCGUGGAGAUUCAACAGCUUCUUCUAAAUCAGGAAGGAAAAAGAAGCAGACGCCCAUCAUCGAGCAGAGCAACAGCGGCACUACGGAAAAGCAAGUGAAAUCGAAGGAACAGAAAGACGCAAAGCUACGUCGAUCGGAGAAGCAUUCGGGGAAGAGCAGUUCGGGAGGCGAAAGCGGCGACGCAUCGACAUCAAGUUCUAUGAGCUUGCUAUCGCUGCAGCAAGAGGCCGCUGGCUCCGGGAAGGUUCUUCAAGUUGAGCAACCAACUCGAACCGCGGCCGGCCCUUCCGAAUCCGGCACAGGAGUAGAGAUGUCGUUUUUCUCCAACCUCCUUCCUUUCCACAACACCCGCGCCCCGCCGCCUAAACCGGUGAAGAAUUUUCGACUGCCGAAGCCGCACAAGUGGACGACGAAAGAUUUCGGGCAAGCGUCGCUGCAUUUGUGCCGCGAUUUGACCAUCACCAUUGGCGGCUCGGUUCUCAUCGGCGUUGUAUUCGGGUUUUUGUUUCGCAAAAUGUACCGGGUGCUGUUGUUUCGAACGACCUCGUCUGGAUCAGAGCUGCGAAAAACCGUAAGUAAGGCGCGGCGGAGCAGCAAGGUAAAAGGAACAACUACAUCAACUGGUGCUGGGGCUCUUGUGCAGAAAGGAGAUGAAAAAGGCACAAGAAACGGAGAGUCCGAAACGAACCACCCCGAAAGCAGCCGACCAACCAGGGAGCGGAAGGAGCAAGACCGCGCGUUGCUCGCGAUAGCCUCGAGCGAGGAAGAGGGACAGGAAGAGGAGGACUUCGAUGCGACAAAUUUGACCAUCUUUCCGCCGAUAACGCAGCUCGACUUUCGCGAGGACCACGACGAGCUCCUGUACAAGCGAAUUGCGGGCAAAUUGCAGCGGCAAGAGGCGCCGGGGAGCGACACCACGGGAGCAGGCGAACCAGCAGGGGAAUACGACCGGGCGAGGCUGACAGCCCUGUCCCAGCAUUUUACCGAAGAGGAGAGAGCGCGAUUGGAGGCAAAUCUCGGCGCUUUUUUGUCCCAGCAACCGCAAGCGCCGACCAGUCGGGAGGGGAGUCUGGUAUGAAAUUUUGGCAAGAUUUUUUCCUAAACGUUGUGUGUUUGCAUCAUGCAUUUGAUGUUCGCGCAAGUAUCAUUGUCUGUACAGCAUGAUCAGGAUAAAAUCGAUUUUGCUAUGACCAAAAAAUCUUCGUAACACUGUAUCAGAUGGCCGACCCUACCACUGCUUUCAACGACGACACCGCGCAGAUCGGUAAUCUGCGCGCCACCUUCCGCCGUGACAGCCUGACUAACAGCGAGACGGCCGGGCAGCAGGCUUCCCAAAACCGCUGGCUGUACCCCCGCGCGUCAUCCUUUUUCCUGUUCGUUGUGGCGGUGUUUGAGAUUUGCGACCGCGGUAGCGCAGCGACGGAGGGGGUUUUGCGGCUGGAGCCCCUGCUGAUCUGCUCGAUACUCGCCUGCGUGGUCGGCCACGACCCGGAGAUCCGCGCGGAGGUUGCCGAAGUGAUCACCACCUUCACCCCGCACGUGUUUCUGCCUUUUUUCACGGUUACCGGAGCAAGCUUGCGACUGCUGGUGAUGGCCUCCCUGCUGGACACGGCGCUGGUCGUCUUCGCCUUGCGAACUGUGGCGAUUUUAGUUGCCUGCAACUUAGGUGUGGCGGUCUCGGAGGCGACGUUUUUUUACGGCAAUAGUGGCACAACCAACGGCUACAGCAAUUUGAAUGAAGCAGGAGCGUUUUUGAAUAACGGGGGUCAAGCAGGUCCAGCUGCAGCAGGGAACAACGUGCGAAAUAACAACUCUGAUCCAAAACUGCGCCAGUACCUCGGGUUCACCAUGCUUUCGCAGGCAGGGGUCAGUCUGGGUCUGGCACUGGAAACGGUCGCGAUUUUUCCGAACUGGGGCCAGGAGGUUUGCGAUGUGGUGAUCGCGGUGGUGUGCGUGAACCAGGUAAUCGGCCCGAUUUUCGCGGUCUACGGGUUUAAGAAAAUGCAAGAGAAGAGGAGCAAUGGCAGUAGCAGGGACCAUCGAACUAAUCACGCGGGCAACGGUGGGGUAGUUUUUAGCGGUGCCAGUGUUAUCACAACGCAUACAGACGACGGAAGACACACGGUGACACCGGUAGCAGUACAACCCACCGCGGCAACUAUUGCAGCACCGAUGGGCAACACGAAUAAAACGAAGGAGCCGAGUGCCAGCCGUAGCCCGCCCGAGCCAAACUAG